AUGCUGGUGGACGAGUGCGCCGGCUCGACCGCUGCCUGGAACGGGACCAUCGGCCCCGGCUACGGAGGCAGCUUGCGAGGUGGCGGUGGAUGGACAACCCCCGUGGGCUGUGGCCGAGCCAACUCCAGCAUGAGCUUCGGAGGAAGCGUGCCCUCCCUCCAUCCGUCCGGCUCCAUCAGGUCCCUGCGCUCCCAGCAUUCUAUUCAGCCCCCGUGCGACACCCCGAUUCGCUGCGUCCGGUGCCACCCGCCGUUGCAGUCAGGCACGCCAAACAGUUGUGCGAAGCAGCAUCAGUUGCACCAGCACUUUUUGCAACACCAGCAGUUCCAGCAGCAGCAAUGCUGCCCGAGCCAACAGCCGCAACAGUACUGCCCCACGCCGAGCCACUACCUCGACUGCCAGAACGGCGCCUACGUGCACCCGGGCCACCAUCAUCAGCACCCGCCUGUCCAUCGGACCACCUCCUCGUCCUACCACGGCGAUCCACGCGGUCGCUGCGCGGAUCUGGACGAGAGUGCAAUUGGCAACGGGAACUGGGUCCUCGGCGAUCUGCGCAGCCUUCAUCGCUGCGUGCCGGCGCUUCGACGAACAGGUAUCGAUGUCUCGGGCAUACGAAUGCACUUUUAUCCGGAGGGUGGCUGGGGCUGGCUCGUCUGCGCCGCGGGCUUUCUCGCCCUGCUACUGACCACCGGCAUGCAACUCGCCUUCGGGCAACUGCAGAUCUACGCGAUCAAGCACCUCGGCGCCCCGUACAAAACCGACAUUGUGUGGAUCGGCUCGUUGAGCGCCGCGGUGUCCCGCGCCUCUGCACCCCUGAUUCUCGGCGUCUGCAGGCGCGGCAGCACCCGACUCACCUCCGUCAUCGGAGGCCUCGUGCUCGCCCUGUCAGCCCUCUUUGCCUCCUUUGCCGUGCAGGCGCAUCAGGUCAUGCUCAGCUUUGGCGUGGUGCAGGGCUUUGGCGCGGCUAUGGUGCGAGAGACCGCCGGCCUCAUGCUGGGCCAUUACUUCAGGAAGCGCCGGGAAUUCGUCGAGAUGAUCGUCCAAGCUGGCACCGGCGUCGGCAUCGCUCUCUUCAGCGUCUCUUACAAGGAGGCACUUGGAAAGCUGCAGUGGAGGCACGGCCUGCAAGCGAUAACGGGGGCGCUCUUCACAGCGUUUUUUCUCGGGCUGGUGUACAGGAGCGCCUCGCUGUACCACCCGCAGCGCCACGCCAUCGUCCACCUCAAGAAUCAACAGAACAAACUGAAGACCAAGUCCAAGUCGGCGCUCAAGGCGGCCAGACCACCCUGGAUCGAUUUCAGUCCUUUGGCCAGCCAGCCCGUCAGGAUACUCAUGCUGGCCGCCGCUGCCGCGUCCUUUGGCCUCUACACGCCGGCUUUUUUCAUCGCGCUGCAAGAGUACGAGGCGGAGAACGACCCGAGCACCGCGGUGCUGCUGCAGACUUGCUUGGGCCUGGCGGCGGCUGCCGGCUGCGCCGGUUGGGGCAUCGUCACCUCGAAGCCCUCCGCCCAGUGCCUCGUCUCCAGGCAGUACCUCUGCCAGGGUGCCCUCGUCGGAGUCGCCGUGUCUCAGUUGGCGCUUGGGAGCGUGCAGGGCUUUCACGGGCUAGUGUUGGCCGCUAUGCUGUACGGGGCCUCGUUGGGCGGCAGUCUCUAUUCGCUCAAGAUGCUCACCCUCGAGAGAAUAAAGGCCCGACAGUUUGCCAAAACUUGGGCCCUCGUGCAGGCUGCCGAGGCUCUGCCCAUACUCGUCGGAGUUCCGGUUACCGGCUACCUGAACGAGGCGAGCCCCCGCGUCGGCUACUACCUGUGCAGCCUGAGUUCCUUGGUCGGCGCGGCCCUGCUCUUCCUCGUAGGCUGGAGCCGACGCAGCCCCUGCUCCCCCGUGAUGGCAGCCGCGGCGGCGACCCCAGGAGUCGGUGGCUCGCUGAUGGGCUCGAUGCCCUGCGCCUGCACCGCGGCGGCGGCAGUGGCGACGCACCGCGCGGCCAGCAUGACCCCGACGGUCCCGAGGACCCUCAGCCGGCUGCCCAAGUCCCAGUCGCUCCACAUACCGCUCGACAGGUCCGAGCAUACAACCCCUGCGUUCGCGCCUCACUCCAGCUUCCACGGGGGCCACGUCACUCCGGGCUUCCACAGGAACAGCUUCUACGGCUGCACGCCGCAGCACUUUCGGGAGCAGCAGUUGAUGGGUGGAAGCUGCAGAGGUUACCUACCGCCCCAGGGCCCGUUGAGGCCGAGCAAAAGUGUGCCCGAGGGCCUCGCCUUUCCCGAUCACGAUCACGAUCAUCACCACCAGCUCUACCCUCCCCAUCGGGAUUUUUCCCAACAACAGCAGCAACAUUGUCCGGAGUUCACGCAGCACCCGGAGUUUCUGCAGUACCACCAGCAGCAGCAGAGAGCGAGGACUCCGAGGAGGUGUCGAGAUGUCACCGUCAUCGAACAGAUCACCACCAGUGUGUAG